AUGGAACAAUUGUCAGACGAAUCAGAGAACAUUCCUCUCCUUAAUGAACAAGGAACAGAAAUAGAUGAUUCAUCAAAGAGCUUAGACAAUAAUCAAGAAGAAGAGGGAAAAGACAUAAUGCAAGAGCCUAAUGUUGAAAUGAGUUUUAAUUAUAUCGACGAGGCAUUUGAAUACUAUAGGAAAUAUGGGAAGCAAUCAGGAUUCCCAGUCAAAAAGAGAACAUCAAGAAAGGGAGAUGAUGGGAGUACAAGAUAUGUUACUAUUUCAUGUGGUAGAGCCGGGAAAUUUAAAAGUACAACAAGUAACUCUCUAAAGCCUCGUCCAAGUGUGAAGACUGAUUGUAAUGCACUUAUUAGACUUGGUAAAUCCCCUGAUGGAAAGUGGAAAAUUAAUUAUGUAAAGCUUGAGCAUAAUCAUGGUUUUAGUCCAAGAAAGUCUCGUUAUUUCGUAGUCAAUCGUGGAUUAAGUUCAUCAAUCAAGAGGAGGCUUGAGUUGAAUGAUGUUGCUAAAAUAGGGACAAACAAGAGUUACAACUCGAUUGUUGUUGAAGCUCGGGGAUAUGAGAAUGUACCAUUUUUAGAAAAAGAUGCUCGAAACCACAUUGAAAAAAUGAGGAGACUGCGGCUGAAGGAAGGUGAUGCUAGUGCAGUUCAAACUUACUUUUUGGAUAUGCAAGCUAAGAAUGUUAAUUUCUUCUAUGCCAUUGAUAUAAAUGAAAAGGGUCGACUGAGAAAUUUGUUUUGGGCAGAUGCAAGGAGUAGGGCAGCAUACCAUGAAUUCGGUGAUGUUAUUACAUUUGACACUACUUUUUUGACAAAUAAGUAUGAAAUGCCUUUUGCUCCAUUUGUGGGGGUUAAUCAUCAUGGACAGUCGAUAUUGCUAGGAUGUGGGUUGAUUUCAAGUGAAGAUAAAGAGACAUUUGUUUGGUUAUUCAAGUCUUGGCUAGCAUGCAUGUUUGGGAAUGCUCUUGGUGGAAUUAUUACUGAUCAAGAUAGAGCUAUGAGAAACGCCAUUGAGAUUGUCUUCCCAAAUACUAGGCACCGUUGGUGCUUGUGGCAUAUACUAAAGAAACUUCCUGAAAAGUUAAAAGGAUAUGCAAAAUAUGAAUCUAUCUCGAUAACCUUGUUAAACACAGUUUAUAAUUCAUUAUCUCGUAUUGAGUUUGAGGAACGUUGGGAUGAGAUGAUUAAGAAGUAUGAGUUGCAGAAAAAUGAUUGGUAG